AUGGCGACAAAUGCAAUACAUGAUGGAGAAAUUAUAUCAGAAGAUAAUGAUAAAAUAGAAAAUUCACCACCGAUAAAAGAUGAAAAUAAUAGCAAUAUUAGUGAUAGUCCAUUUCAUUUACUUGAAGGACGUUGGACAUUCUGGUAUACACAUCGACCACAAACAUUUCGUAAUAGUUCAGUUAAUUAUGAUUCAUGUUUAAAAAAGCUUGGUACAUUUGGUUCAAUAGAAGAAUUUUGGUGCUAUUAUGAUCAUAUAAAAUUUCCAUCAGAACUUCCACUUUACAGUGAUAUACAUCUAUUUAAAGAAAAUUUAAAACCAAUGUGGGAAGAAGAAGGAAAUCGGCUUGGUGGUAAAUGGAUAUUACGUUUGAAAAAAGGUUUAUCAACUCGUUUAUGGGAAUUACUUGUAUUUGCUAUUAUUGGAGAACAAUUUAAUGUUGGAAAAGAAAUAUGUGGAAUUGUAUGUUCAAUACGUCCCCAAGAAGAUCUUAUUAGUGUAUGGACAAAAACAGCAAAUAAUCAAUUAAUUACGCAGCGAAUCAAAGAAACAUUGAAAAAAGUUCUUAAUCUACCUCUAGAAUGUCCACUUGAAUACAAGACACAUAAUGAUUCAUUACGUGAUAAUUGUAGUUAUCGCAAUACAGAUCGUGUUCGGUGA